ACUGCUAAAGCCAAGAGGGCAGGUAGAGGGAGAGAAGAACGUGAAGGAAGGAGAGAUGGGGAAAGGAGGAGAGAAGGGGGAGGAAGAAGGGGGCUGUGAGAAAAUGUUAACGCAUUACACUUGGGAAGAGAUUCAGAAGCACAAUAGCAAGACGGACAAGUGGCUUGUGAUUGAUAGGAAAGUGUAUAACGUGACUAACUGGGCCCUAAAGCACCCCGGAGGGAAACGGGUUAUCAGUCACUUUGCCGGAGAGGACGCCACGGAUGCAUUCCAGGCUUUUCACCCAGACCUCACCUUUGUCCGUAAGUUUAUGAAGCCUCUUCUGAUUGGUGAGUUAGCUCCAGGAGAACCCAGCCAGGACCGACAGAAAAAGAGUGAGUUGGUUGAAGAUUUUCGGGCCUUGCGGAAGACAGCAGAGGACAUGAAACUAUUUAAAACAGACAUGGUGUUUUUCUCCCUCUACCUUGUCCAUCUGUUUGUCUUGGAGUUUCUGGCCUGGCUAACACUGUCAUAUUUUGGAACCGGCUGGAUUCCAACUCUCCUUACUGCCUUAAUCCUGGCAACUUCACAGGCUCAGUCAGGCUGGCUUCAACAUGACUUUGGACAUUUGUCUGUCUUUCGGAGUUCAAAAUGGAAUCACCUGUUACACAAGUUCCUGAUUGGUCACAUGAAGGGGGCCUCUGGAAACUGGUGGAAUCACCGACACUUCCAGCACCAUGCCAAACCCAACAUCUUUAAGAAGGACCCUGAUGUGAAUAUGCUGAAGGUAUUUGUACUGGGAGACACCCAACCUGUGGAGUUUGGAAAACGGAAGAUCAAGUAUUUGCCUUACAACUAUCAGCACGAGUACUUUUUCCUCAUUGGUCCACCCCUGUUAAUCCCGGUGUAUUUCUACAUUCAGAUAAUGAUGACCAUGAUUACUCGUCGAGAUUGGGUGGAUCUUGCCUGGGCAACAACAUACUACAUCCGCUACUUCAACACCUAUGUACCCUUUUAUGGAUUUUUUGGUUCCAUACUAUUUGUCAUCUUUGUCAGGUUCAUAGAGAGCCACUGGUUUGUGUGGGUGACCCAGAUGAACCAUAUUCCUAUGACCAUUGAUGAUGAAAAGCACAAGGACUGGCUCACUAUGCAGUUGGACUCCACAUGUAAUAUUGAACAAUCUUCCUUCAAUGACUGGUUUAGUGGCCAUCUCAACUUCCAGAUUGAGCACCAUCUUUUCCCAACAAUGCCACGUCACAAUUACUACAAAAUUGCCCCUUUGGUGAAAUCACUGUGUAACAAGCAUGGCUUGAACUACCAAGUGAAGCCUUUAUUGCAAGCCUUCAAGGAUAUUGUAGGGUCCCUGAAGAAAUCUGGUGAUCUGUGGUUGGAUGCAUACCUCAACAAAUGAGGCUACUCAAUGAAUCCUCACUCCUCUCUCACCCUGUCCCUGUCUGAAUUCCAGUACUGCGUUGGAGUUCCUGUUUCUCUGAGUUUGUGUCCAUCUCAAGUGGUUUUCUGCAGUAUUAGAGGAUGCUGCCACUGGCUUUCUGCAUGACCUGACAAUUGACUUGAUUCUCAAUUGAUGGCUGGUGAAGAACACCUUGAAUUAAAUUGUUCUGUUCCCCCUGCUCCUCUGCCCUUCCCUGUUCAAGCGUUGGCAGGUAUCCACUGCCAAUGGAGCAGACUAUGUUUUAAUUAGAUGAGACAAAUGUAGGACAAUGGGCUUGAUUUUAUUUUAAUUUAUUGUGUUUACUGACACUAAGCAAGAAAGUUUGUUGUGUUGUGACACCUCUAGUGUACUUUGUGGAGUAGAACAAGAAGUUAUUACUGCAUCAGCUGUGUAAGUAUUUAACCUUCAGUUAAAUGUGCAUCUGACAUGCUCCACUGUAACCAUGACCAUUUACUAGGGUCAUGCAGUCAUACAGAACAGAAACAGAUCCUUUCGUCCAAUUUGUCCACAUCAACCAAGUUUCUAAACUAAGGUGUCAAAGAGGGAUUAUGUUGCAUGAUGCCAGUUCAUCUUUUCCAUCUAACUCUGGCAGGCCAUUGUUUACAUAAAUUGGUCUUUUGAAGAUGUUGUUGAUAUUAAUGCUGACACCUUAGUCACAGGCAAAGGUUGAGAAUCUGCAUUCCUUCUCUUUCGCAAACAUUCCAAAUAGUAGCAGGUUACUGUGACAGUACUGUUUCCAGAGUGGCCCUUAUGGAGGAGGUUGGGCAGAUGGGAUGCGACCAGCCUGACUACCAGCUGUAGUUACAGCAUUGCCAAGUGUGAUUCAGACUCUUACAAAGCAGGACAACCUGGGGUUCAUGUGUCCAGUGCACACUGAUCUCAGUUAAAGUGUCAAUCUGAUGAUGUCUGUACAUCUGUACUGGCACAUGUUUCAGUGGGGUUUGUAGCAUAAUCAAACACCAAACUGCGGACUGAUUUAGGCUGCCACAUUUAAUAUUAAUAGACCGGAUCGAAGGAAACAAUUGUUGAUUCUUGCCCGUGAAUUCCCUGCUGCCAAAUGCUUUUGUAUUGAUCUAGUUGAGGACAUGAUUGGAUGCUCCUUUACGUCCAUUGGAGUCACAGAGUUUGCCUUCAUUAAAUAUCAAGACGGACGCCUGGGACAGGAUACCAAAGGGCAUCUAUGCCCAUUGCACCUAUACCUCAGCACAAAGUGCUGCCUCAUGAACAGGGUAUAAAUUGGGGACAGAGGGUUAAAUGGCUGCUACCUCUUGUUCAACACACAUUCACAGAGAAACAGGAUGGAAGUAACAUAUUACCCAUACAUUAGGUGGUACACAAAGUAGAUAAAAUCAAGCCCUGCAAUCCAUUUACAAAAGAAAAUAUUAAAGUUUCUACAAAUGACCUGAGGAAUGAAUGGUUCUGUGGCAGUUUGGAGUGAGUUUCAAUGAUCUAUGUCAGUUUGAAGUAUGACAUUUGGAAAGUGUCAGUUCAAGCCGCCAUUGACUCAUUCUCACUAAACUCUAUUCCUUCCCUGCUUUCUGCAACCAUGAUCACUAGGUUCCCAACUUCUGUAUUUGUCAUGUGUGUCUACACAUGAUUUCUUAUCCUAACAGGCAAAAGUCUCUUUCAGUCAUGUCUGUCCAUAAUUUAUAGUAAUGAGGAGGACAAUGGUAUAGGUAAUUUUUUAAAAUAAAAUUACUAAUCCUGUUUCUGGCAUAA